AAAGUCGUUUUGUGAUCCAUUAACAUGAGAAGCAUUCCCUAGCUCUGGAUGACCUCGGCGGAACAUUGAAGUAACCAUACACCAACAUAUCUUAUUACAAUGUCAAAAACAACACGCAUCACAAUACAUAAUUAGCGUCAAUAUAGUCGUUAGAAUGUACGAGUGUCCAGAGAUUUAAAAAAUCGUCCGUAAAACGCAGUAGUAGAAAACACAUUGACUGCUUUCUCUCUCAUCACGAUGGCUUCACCUGUGGUGUAUUUAUCAAGGAAAUUAACUUUCAGUGCUGGCCAUCGCUUACAUACAGACAAAUUAACAGACGAGGAAAAUAAAACGUUUUUUAGAGCGUGUAACCGUUCACAUGGGCAUAACUACACAGUCCAGGUUACUUUGCGCGGACCUAUCGACCAGCGGACUGGUAUGCUUAUCAACGUGCUAGACUUGAAAGCCUACAUGCAGCAGUGUAUCAUGGACCCUUUGGAUCAUAAACACCUCGACCAAGAUGUCCCCUACUUUAAAGAGAAAGUUAGCACAGUUGAAAACAUCCUCCUCUUUAUUUGGGACGGGAUGAAAAAUGUUUUACCCAAUCCGAAGUUGCUUUUUGAAGUCAAAAUUUCUGAAACAGAUGAUAGUAUGGCAUAUUACAGAGGCGAAUAAGUUUUCAGUGUAAUGACAUUUUGGAGGGAAAAUAUCGCGUGAUGGAAUGUGAAAACAGCUGUAAAUAAAAUUGUAAUUAGAAUUUUCUUUUUACAUUUUUUAUUUUAAUUUUACUUUUGUGCUACGUCAGCCCACAUUUGACAUGUUCGUUUAAAAUAAUCUUUCAAGAGAAUAGUAAUUAAAAGGUGUUAAUUGCAAGAAAAUGCUCGUUGUUGUGAAUUCGUUAUCGUAUUAUUCUCAUACACAAGUCGAGUUGAAUCUAUUAAAGUUUUCGCACUUCUAAGUUUGCUGUUGCUCUGCUGUAAAUAAAGGAAUAUGGAUUUUGAUAUGAUUAAUACUCUAAUAUAAGUUAUACUUCAAA